AAGAUGUUGUGAGGGCACAAAUAGGGGGAGAAGAAGAAUACAAUAGAUGGAUGAAAGUAGAUCUAGGUCUAUAAUGGAUGAAAGUAGCAGUAGUGAACUUGAAACCAGGUCAGAGAUGGUGAUGGCUCCCAGAACCGCAGCUCCACUGUCGAUCGAUGGUAAUGGUGGCGAUGGUGACGACGGCAAGGAUUUGGGGAUUAGGGAUUCGGUGGCGGUGGCGAUGGUGAUGGCUCCCUGUUCUAGAUUCGUCCCUAUCUCCGCCAUGUUCCUUCCUCUUCUUCCGUUCUUCGCGCAACCGCUUGCCUAUGCCGAGACCCGACGACCAUGGCGGAAACCUCAGCGGCGA